CGCAAUACGAAAGGGUUUGCAUCAGCAAUAGAAGGAAUUGCAGCCGGCUGGAACCAACUUAGCAACUCAGCAACUCCCAACUUUUGUCAUAAUGCUCCUCUCUCGUAUUGCAGCUCGUUCCGCUCUUCGCGGUGUUCGUUUUUCUUCUUCCCAUGCUCCUCCUAAACCCGGAUCUACUGUACCUUUUUAUGUUUCGAAAAAGGCAAUUCCUACCAUGUUGUUUAUUGGAAGCUUUGGUGCCGUCUUGGCUCUUCCUGUGCUUGUCGUGAAAUACCAUAACCGUAAUGCGGCAUAAACGAGAGUCUUAUUCGAUUCUUUGUGAAUCAAUGCGUAUAAUUAGCAAGUCUUCGUGAUAUACAUUUUCUUGUUUAAGGAAUUAAAUCUUUUUACGUUCUAUCUUUUA